AUGUCCAUACACUCUUUUCGAGACCCUUCAGAAGUUGAUUCUAGAGAUUAUGCUUGGAAUGCCCAAUUCUACGGAGACCGUUCGGCCACUCCUUCGACAAUGUCACUUUCUGAGCAGUAUGGGUUAAGCAACAUUCUAUUACAAUCAGAGAAUGAAUCUCGCGAAGAUAUCGCUUCGAUUGGUCAAGAAUCUGACAAUUCUUUGCAAUAUAUGUGUUCCCGAAUUGUGUAUCGUCACAAAAUUAAAGUUUUUGACAAGCUUUAUGCGGAAGCAACUGAAAUAAGAAGAAAGUAUCCUAUGGACGAUAGGCUUUUUCCAAAGCCUCCUGUCGUAAAGGAAAUACAAGAUCCCUCACAAAGGCUAGGAAAUUAUGGCCCCGAUACUCCUUUAACCAAAGAUGUUACGAUUUUAGAUGAAAAGACGUAUGCCGUCAUUCUGAAAAGAAUUGACUUUUACAUUGAAAAGGCUGUCGAAGUACCAGUGAAUCUGGAAUAUUUAGUGGCGUUGAAUUUGCAAUUACAAAUGCAGCCCGUUUGGUGGAUUGAUGAAUUUGCUGAAAGAAAUGGUGUUGAAAGCUUGUUGACGGCUUUACGAAAUUUGGGCCACAUUCCCGAACGUCAUGCAAAUACUGAAGCAGAGGUGUUGUUGAUUCAAUCUUUGUUUCAUUCCUUAAAUAGCAACAUUGCCCGGAAUCACCUUUAUUUGUCUGCCAAAUGUGCUGUUCCCGGCUUUAAUGCCAUCGGCACUUUAGCUGAAUCAAUGUUUUCCAAGAACCUAAAUGCUCGCCGUAUUUCAACAUUUAUUUUGAAAGCUAUUUGCAGUCGAAAAUUUGAACAUGGGCAGUCAUCCGUCGUAAAGGCCUUAGAGUGGCUAGUUGAAAAAGGUGCGUCCAAAACUCGUUUUAGCAGAUGGAUGACCGCCUUACAUGAUGUUGUAUCUGGCAUUCAGGGUUACGCCGAUAACCUAAUAUUACCAACAAAUGAACUUGCCAGCCUACAAGGAACGGACUGUUUGAUUGAUUAUUUGGUGGUUACCUUUAAUCUAAUACGUGGUAUAUGUUCAUGUACCAUUGAUCUUCAUUCAAGAUGUAACAUACGCCGUGAAUUCUUGAAUGCUGGGCUUGGCAAAACGUUGGAGAUAAUGCAGCGCUGGAAAAACAUUUCUGUUCGCACGGUUGUUGUUAAUCUUUUAAAUGAACACAAUUCUGAUGCACAGUCUUAUAGGAAGUUCAUUAUUGCUAAUUCUGCAAACGAAGAGAAAUCAGAAGUCGCAUCUUUAAAGCCUACUAAUGUUAACCAAGGUCAGCUGCCUGAAGACACCCCCCAGCAGGCGCAAAUGCUAAAUGCGUUUCAAAAAAUUUGUUCUCGUUUAAUAGAUCAUGAAUCUCAAACUAGUUUCUACAAUCUACUUCAAUCCUUAGGUAACGAAAAGGAUCUUGAGAAAAUUGAUAAAUCCAUGCAUCUUUUAGUGUUUACGUUAAAUGCAAUCGACGAAUAUAAAUCCGCUCGUAUCGACUCAAACGUCGGUUUUAAUAUUGUAUCACAAAGAUUACUUGACCGCAUGGGCACAGCUGAUGAAUUAUCUGAUUAUAAGACCAGGCAGAGCGAGUUACUCUUGGAAAACAAACGUUUGCACGAUCAGGUGGAUGCAUUGUUGUCACAGCUUAAUGUCGGUCCUCGUGAUCCUAUGCAAUUCCUUAAAAGUCAACUAAAUGAAUUGCGAAAAGAAAUAGAUCAAAGAGAGAGACUCUUGGCGUCUAUGCAACGUGAAUUCGAUGGCCGCUAUAAAGCUCAAUUACAAGCUUAUAGUAAACUACAAUCUCAACUAGAAGCCGCUCAAACUGCAGGAAAAACAAAUUUGUAUGAUGGCUAUCCUUCUGGAAGACCAUUGUAUAAAAGGUCAUCCUCUCAAGAUUCUUUAGACGCAAUGUCUAAAGAAUUUGCUUAUAGUGUUGUUCCAACCUUAGAAGAUUCUGAACAUUAUAUUACUCCGGAAAAUGACGAACAAGAAUCAGAAACUGAGUCAGAAAUUUCUUCUUUGGAAGAGUCAAACGAAGCAACUUUACAACAAAACGAUAUUCCUAGCCUUGCGCAACCUGCGUUAGCCCCUACAACUCAACUCGGUCCUUCCCCUCCUCCUCCUCCUCCUCCUCCUCCGGUUCCUACCAUGGGCGUUUCGAAACUGGGGGCUUACCACCUCCUCCCCCCUCCUCCUCCUCCAGGAGUUACACCUGGUGGUAGAUUCGUGGCUACAGCCCCAGUACAGACUUCUCCGGCUGACACCAAGGAAGGCACUGUGAAAACUGAAGAAGAGUUGAAAGAAGAGGAAGAAAAGGCUAGACAACAAAGAGAGGAAGCGGAAAGAAGAGCAAGAGAAGCUGUGGAAAAGUAUACCAAAAUACCUAGCUUCAGAGACUAUUACGAACCUAAAAAUCAGCUCAAGCGCGUUCAUUGGGAACGUGUUGAACCUCCCUCUGGAUCCAAUAUUUUCGUUAAGUUCCCAAUAGACCUCGAAACGAUUGGAAGAACUCUAUUAAAUAGCGGCUGGUUACAAAUUUUAGAUGAAAAGUUUGACAAUACUAGAAGAAUUGAAACAAAGGCUAUCUCUAAAGAAGCUACUACCACAUCACUUCUAUCUCCAAAUGUUAAGCAACAUUUGGAAAUCGUGUUGCGUUCUGUUUCAGAUUUCACACCUGAACAAUUAGUACGAAUGUUUCUGACUGAUCCCAACUUUCUACCUCCUGCUAUCCAAUUUUUCCAUAAAUCUGGAUUUGCUACUCAAGAAGGACUUUUAUCUCCUUUUGCAUCCUAUUGGACUGAUUACAGCAAACCUGAGGACAAGCGUACACCGCCUAAAGAUGACGUUAAUGAACUAGGAUAUUAUGAGAGAUUUUUUGUUUUAUUUAUCGUAAACUUGAGACAUUAUUUUCAACAGCGUAUGUAUGGCUUACGAUUACGUGAGACUUUCAUACCAGAGCUUGAAAAUAUUGAGGCCCACGUUAGAAAAGUCAUUGAUGUAUGCAGGUCAAUUUUAGAAGACGAAUAUUUUUCUGGAUUUUUCCAAGUUUUACUUAACCUGGGAAACUAUAUAAAUGACCCUCUUGAUAAAGCUCGUGCAUUCUCUUUGCCAAUGGUUUAUAGAUUGGAAACACUUCGAGACUGCACGUUUUCUAACACUCUUUUACAUUACUUUGAGGAUAUCAUUCGUACCCAAUUUCCAGAAUACGAGAAGUCUGAAGCGACUUUUAAAAAAAUACAGUCUAUUAGCUCUUACGGUAUUGAUGGAUUAGUAUCCGAAAUGGAGUCUGCUUACGAACAUUUUUUGCAUUUUAAAAAUGAAAUUGAAAAAGGUGCUUUGUCGAAACGUGAGGAGCAUCAUCCAGAGGACAAAGUGAUUGAUGCUAUUUACGAAUGGUACCAAAAGGCCUCAGAGAAGAUAAAAGGCUUUAUGGCUUUAAAACGUGAUUUCUUGCAAUUAACAGAGGAUACUGUUAAGUAUCUAUGUGAAUUUAAAGACGUGGAGGUUGUUCGAAACACUUUUUUGAAGAACCUAACUUCAUUCUAUAUAAUAUACUGUAACGUCAGAAAUGAUAAUGCAAGAAAACGCGAGCGUGAAGCUCAAGCUAGACGAACUGAAGAAUCUAAGAGGCUAAUCAUGGAGCGUAAGAAAACGUCAAUAGUUGCACAGUAUAGAAAGGAACUUCCGGGACAGACCAACGAACUUGUUUCGAAUCAGGAUCUUAAUACAGAUAUCGGAUCAUCAAGGGCCAUUGAUAGUUCGGAAACGUUAGCUGAUGAAACUCCUCAGUUAUCGGAUGAUGCGGAUCAAGAACUUCAUGAUACGCUUCUCAGUGAGUUAGGUAAACAAAUCUCCGAAGGCGCUGGUAAAGAAUCAAUUAACGAAGAUUCUGUUAGUGAGCUUGGUUCAGCAGCAAAGGAUGAAGAUGUCAUUGAAUUAACUUCUGAAGCCGAUGAUAUCGCUACCAAGGCAAAAUCAAUGCUGCUUAAAAUGAAAAAUAGCGAGAAAACUGGUACUAACGUGAAAAUUGACCCUAUGAAUACGGAUGAAGAUUUUUUGCGAGCACAGCUAAAAGCAGCCAAUCAUCCUCAAAAAAUUUCUUUACCUCAGAACAAGAAGAAGGAAUCGGUUGAGGCGUCGUUAGCAAAAAGCAUUUUAGCAAAUUUGACAAAUCCUUCAGCUAAGGAAUUACAAUCGUGA